UAUUGAUAAUCUUAGUAUGGCGAACCUUUCCACAUAACUUAGCAAUAUGAGAUGAUAUUUAUCAUUUAAAAGAGAAAAAGGAAUAAGUUAAAUGUCAUUACAGGUGUGAAAGAAGUUUGAAACAAAUUACUAAUUAUUAUUUACUUGCUAUGUUUAAAAGGACUGUAAAACGAAUUUGGCACACUGUUAUCCGUAAACAGACCAGUUCAGAUAACACGUUUCAAUGCAAUUACUAUAAUAUGGCUACUGGCGGACAAACAAAUAUGGAUACUCUAUCAGAUGAAAUAUUUGAUGUACUAUGUUCAAUGUGUAAAAAUAAAGGCAAAAACUCUGAAGUGUAGAUUGUCAUGAUUACUUUUGUAGAAGUUGUGUUCAAGUUCACAAUGAAGUACCUGUAUUAGCUUGUCACAAGGUGUUGGAUAAAUCUCAAGUUACGUCAAGAACAAGCGAAGGUGUGCGCAGGGCACCGGCAGAGAGAUGUGACAGACACAGUCAUAAACAUAUUGAUAUGUACUGUCAGAACCAUGAUAAUGUUGGAUGUUCUACAUGUAUGGCAGUUGAUCAUAGAUUAUGCAAGGAUACAUUCUACAUACCAGAAUUUCUCAAAACACACAAUUACCUAGAUUCACAAAGAGAAGUUCAAACAAAACUCAAGGAAAUAGCCAAGGUUCUAACAAAACAAGCUGAUAGAUUUAAACAAGAUAAACAAACGCUGCUAAAGAGGAAAGUAGAAAUAUUGGCUGAUAUCAGACAAUUCCGUCAAGAAAUCAAUGAACUUCUUGACAAGCUGGAGAACAGUUCUAUCGAUGAGAUAGAAAGUAAAGUCAAAUGUAUUGAGGACAAGAUAGACGUUGUAAUAAAACAACUACAGGCAAACAAGUCCAUGAUCACAUCAGCUAAUGAUAAAUUAGCAUCUACAAACACAAAUCAAUCUGAAAUGUUUGUGUAUGUUAAGAUGGCAGAGAAUACGGCAAAUGUUGCCAACAAAUAUAUAUCAGAUAUAAAAUUAAAAAGUAUUGUGGAAGACGUAGAUUUUCAACCUAAUAGGGCAAUUCUUACACAGCUGGAACAAAAGAAAACCCUAGGUACACUAUCAGAGAAAUCUAUAAAGACUGUUGACAAUCUAUUGAAUAUUAAAGGAGAACAAUCAUAUAAUGUAAAAGUUAUGUCUGAUAAAGAAUUUUGCAAUAUCAGAAGUGUUUGCUGUAUGGAAGAUGGUACAAUUAUUCUUGCUGAUCAUCACAACAGGAAGCUUAAACGGCUACACAGUCAAACUAUACUGGCACAGACUACUAUGAUCUACCUGGAAAGCCAUGGCAAGUGUGUUUGA